GUUAUUCAUAUUAUUAUUUCUUUUAAGUUAAUAAUUGUAAUCUGAAAAACGGGUGAUGAGUUAUCAACCAACUUCUCGAGUUUACUAUCGAUCGUAGUCGAUUAGAGUAAAAAAUUGCUGUGAACGGAUUGUUAGACGUCUUUUGGUAUCCUGUUUAUGAGGCGGUACGCGUUUUGUCGUGGAUAACGGAUCUAACGGACUUAGCGGAAUUACUGAACUUAUGUUGGUGAAAUACGCACAAUCACGAAGUGCGCAUCUAGAAGUUUGUCGCGGGUGACACUUCCACACCGGUAUCAUCGUCGUUUUACUUAACCCCCCAGUGAUCAUACAGCCGAUCAAAUUUUUGCCGCGGAAAAAAUGAAUCCUCUCGGAGGUGAUGGAAGUGGAGAUGGGGAUAUAGAACGACGUGGGAUCGGACGUGGUCGUGGUCGAGGACCGUGGACCUCAAGUUCACAGGAAAUUCCAAUAUUAAGGAGACCCCAUCAUGCUACAUCUGGAAUGCAAACAGGAUCAAUGGAAUCAAAAAAUAUAGAACAGAACAAGUUGGAUAAAUCUUUUGAUGAUAUUAUUCAGAAUUCUACAUUGUCUGUACAUGCAGCUGAAUUUAUUCCAAAAUCAUAUCCUAUUAAACAGUUACAUCAUCAACAGCAGCCAUCUACAAGAUAUUUACAAAAACAUUCAGUUCAAGAUAGAUUGCAAAUUGCACGAGAGAUACCUCUUCAAGUGCAAAUGAUGCAACAAAAUCUUGCAUGUAAUUAUGGUACAUCCCAGCAUUAUCAACAAACAGAACAAUUUCAACAAUUCGAUAAUCUUUCACAUCAGCAAGAACAAUCUUCAAAUAUUCAAGAUUUUGGUCAUUUUGAUGGUGGUUCAGGAGAUUAUAGAAACAAACAUCAGGACUCAAAUAUAGAAGAUGAUAAUUAUUUAAUUGAAUUUGCAAACAUAACACAGAAUUUAAUGAGUGUUAUACAUGCAUUGAUAUUAAAUCCAGGACAUUUUACUUCAAUUGUGCCACCUCUUAUAAAUAAUCUUAGACCUUAUUUAGGAUUUCCUAGUCAGUUUAAAGAAAUUAUGAAAAUAAUAAUUCAACAGUCUAUAAAUGAAGGCAAUUUCCGAUAUAGUGGUGCUCGACUUUGUGCCUUUUUGGAUAAUAGUUUGACUUCUAUAGAACAGACAUCUUUUAGAUGGACCUUGUGUACUUUGUGUAAAAAUGAAACAGACAGUCAAACUUCCAACUGGCAGCAAAAGGAAGAUCAUAGUGAAGAAGAACAAAAGAGGUGUAAUGGAUUGAUAUUACUCUUAGCUGAAUUGGUUACUCAAAUGGAUGACACUUCUGCGUUUACUUUAGGAGACUUAUUAAUUCAAUUUAUUAUUAUUAUAUUAAAAAAACCUGCGCCGAAUUCCGUCAAAAAUAUUUGCCAGGCUCUUAAGUUGGCAGGACAAACUUUAGAAAAAAAUAAAAAUGAAAAUCGUCGCAAAGAAAUGGAAAACAUGAUGCGAGCUUUGACAGAGCUUGUAACGGAAGGUAGAGUAGAUUCACAUGUAGGACAUAUGGUACAUAGUGUUCAUGAAUUAAGAAAUGGAAACUGGGGACAGAAUUCUCUUAAUUCCUCAACAGUGGAAUCAAUAGAACCAUUAGAUCCUAAUCAAGCAAUUGAUGAACCUGUUUUAUAUGGUCCUGAUGGCAAAGUAUUAACGCCAGAAGAAAAUAAAUUUUUAGAAGAAGUUCCUGAUAGUACAACGAAUAUCGAGGAUCAUAUUAUAUCUGAACAUGGAUAUGAAGGCGAUGAAACAUGGAUGUCAGAGGACGAUGACAUAGAUGCAGCUUAUGAAGAAUUUUUAAAACAUAUUCCCAAGCAAAUUAAAAACCAAUCACAGAAAUAAUCAAAGACACGACAAUGGCUGUCUAUUAUAAAUCAUUAUCAUGUAAUUACGUUGGUCUCAUAGUUGGAAACUAUGAGAGUGGUUUCCUAAAUUUCGUUUACAAAUUUUUAUAAUGUAAAACGAAAAUGCAAACUAAAUCUAAUGAUAUAAUAGAACAGUUUGUGCAUUUGCACAAUAAAUAUCCAAUGAAUAGCUUUCGAGUAAUAAUUUAUAAAUUUUAAAAAAAUCAGAUCAUUAAAAAAUAUUUUUUUCCAUUGCAAUAUUUCAGAUAGAUAUCUUUACUUUUAUACUACAUUUAUUAUUUUGUACACUCUUUCUUAAAUUUAGCAAUGAAUGUUGCAAAAAUUUGUUCCUAGAUGAAAACAAUAUAAUCUAUUUGUCUAUGAUACAAAAAUUUAUUAUUAAGUUAUUUAAAUUAUUGUAAUAAAACAAGCGAAUGAAUAAGGUAAAAUAUUAA